AUGACCGACAAGUCCGCCAACCCCAUGCGGGAACUCCGCAUCGAGAAGCUCGUCCUCAACAUCUGUGUCGGUGAAUCUGGUGACAGACUUACCCGUGCCGCCAAGGUGCUCGAACAGCUGUCUGGUCAGACUCCAGUCUACAGCAAGGCCCGCUACACUGUCCGAACCUUCGGUAUCCGUCGUAACGAAAAGAUUGCCGUCCAUGUCACCGUCCGUGGACCAAAGGCCGAGGAAAUCUUGGAGCGUGGACUCAAGGUUAAGGAAUACGAAUUGAGGAAGAGGAACUUCUCGGAGAGCGGAAACUUCGGAUUUGGUAUCAACGAACACAUCGAUUUGGGUAUCAAGUACGAUCCUGGUAUUGGUAUUUACGGCAUGGACUUCUACUGCAUCAUGUCCCGCCGCGGCCAGCGUGUUGCUAAGCGAAGAAGAUGCACUAGCAGAGUCGGUGCUAGCCACCGAAUUCACCAGGCCGACACCGUCAAGUGGUUCAAGGCCAAGUACGAUGCCACCGUCAGGUAG